AUACUCGACCAAAAAAAACUUGUAAAAUAAAAAAAGUAACGAAAUGGAACUUAUUCAUACUUCAUAAUCUUCCUUCCGAGUUCCUACCGAAAACUUGUAUAAGAGUAAGUAUUGAUAAUCUUCCUAGACAUUUCCUGAAUCAAUGACAAUUCAUUAAGAGUUGUGAAGCCUUUUGCAUGUGGCUUAUAAAGUAAGUUGUCUCCUCCAUUCAUCACCUUUUUUCCUCAAAAGGCAUGCUUCAUUUCUCAAUCUUUGAGCACUAUCAAUUAUUCAUUGCCGUCCUUCUCUUUUCUUCUCUUUCUCAUAUCACCAAAUCAACUCCCUUUAAUUUAUUAGAUUUAUAUUUCUUUAGUCUUACACCAACCCCAAUUAUUUAUGCAUUUUAUUAAAUAAAUUCUCCUAAUAACAUUCCAAAGGACACAAUUCCAUUGUCUUGUUAACUUCACCUUCUUUUUUCUUCUUUUUUAAAAGCCUUUAAUUUUGGUAUAAUUCCAUUCUAAAGAGUCAUAACCAUGAAAUAGAUUCCAUUUCCAUCAACUCCAAACCCCACUAGAAUUAUUUCCCUUUGAACUUUUUUUCCAAAAUCUUCUCAUUUCAAUCUAAAAUCAUCAAAAAAGUUUAAACUUUUCUCUGUUUAGCAUCUGGGUUUGUGAUUCCUACAUCUUAAUUUUUCUGGGUAUCAUUUAAAAUCUUUUUUUUUCAACCCAAAAGAAAAAGAUGCCCCCUUCCAAUUUUCCUCUAAGAUGGGAAAGUACAGGUGAUAAAUGGUGGUAUGCUUCUCCUAUAGAUUUUGCUGCUGCAAAUGGUCACUAUGACUUAGUAAGAGAACUUCUGAAACUUGAUGGUAAUCAUCUCAUUAACUUAACAUCUCUCCGCCGUAUUCGCCGCCUUGAAGCAGUAUGGGAUGAUGAAGAACUGUUUGAUGAUGUUGCAACAUGCAGAUGUGAAGUUGCCCAGAAAUUAUUCAAUGAAUGUCAAACUGAAAAGGAUGGUAAAAAUAAGAAUUCUUUGAUUGUUUCUGGCUAUGGUGGAUGGCUUUUAUACACUGCUGCAUCAGCUGGGAAUCUGGGUUUUGUGCAAGAACUUGUAAAAGACGACCCUUUACUUGUAUUUGGUGAAGGUGAAUAUGGGUUGACUGAUAUAUUAUAUGCUGCAGCAAAGAGUAAGAAUGUUGAGGUUUUUAAGGUUGUUUAUGACUAUGCUGUUUCUCCAAGGUUUAUGGGUAGUGGAGGGGAGAUGGAGGAGAAGAUUGAGGAGGAUGUUCCUUUGAGUUUUAAGAUGGAUGUGAAGAAUAGAGCUGUUCAUGCUGCUGCUAGAGGUGGGAAUUUGGUAGUUUUGAAGGAACUUCUUGGGGAUUCUACUAAUGUUUUGGAGUUUAGAGAUGCUAAUUCUUCUACUAUUUUGCAUUCUGCUGCUGGAAAAGGCCAAGAUGAGGUGGUUAAGCACUUAAUAACAUCGUAUGACAUGAUCUAUUCCAUUGACAAUAAAGGCAACACACCGUUGCAUGUCGCAGCUUAUAGAGGCCAGCUCUCGGUUCUUGAAGCACUGAUUCAAGCUUUGCCUUCAUCUGCCUCCGUAGUUAACAAUGAUGGAGAUACGUUCCUCCAUGUGGCUGUUGCCGGUUUCCAGACCCCUAGUUUUCGUAGAUUGGAUCAACAGAUUGAGCUAAUGAAACAGCUAGUAAGUAGCAAAAGUUUCAUCAUAGAAGACAUAAUCAAUUCUAAGAACAAUGAAGGGAGAACCGCUCUUCAUUUGGCCAUCAUCGGGAAUAUUCACUCUGAUCUAGUGCAGCUGUUAAUGAAAGCGCGCUUCAUCAAUGUGAACAUCCGUGAUGAUCAUGGAAUGACACCGCUUGAUUAUCUCAAGCGACAACCGAAAUCUGCAUCAUCGGAAAUCUUAAUCAGGCAGUUGAUAUCUGCGGGUGGUAUCUCCAGCUGCAAAGAUUAUGCGGUGAGAAAAGCAUUUGCUUCACAUUUGAAGAUGCAAGGCAUCUGCAAUAGCCCGGGAACCUCUUUUAGAGUGUCUGACAAUGAAAUAUUCUUAGGAAUGGGCAUUGAUCAUUUGGUGCAUUCUCGUUUAGGCCAGUCAAGCGGAGAACAUAUUCAUUUUCAGUACUCAACUGAGGCUAGCCAUUGUAACUCACCUACCGAGGACGAUAGAACUGCUGAUGUCAAGAAAUCGGGCCAAUUAUACAAUGCAGCGAAACGUCUUAAACUUAUGUUCCAUUGGCCAUUAAUGAAAAGGAAAGAAAACGAGAGAUCUAAGACAACAAGGGAGAAGGACGAGAGUUUUGCCAACAAAAGAUGGAGCACUUCAGAGGAAACUCUGAUCCCAUUACGAGAGAGAUAUUCUAAUGCUUCUUCUCUUUCUAGUAAUAAGAGAACACUUGCUGCAAGGAGUAACAUUUCGAGUCCUAUUAAUCGAAAGAAAUUGGCUUCGGGGAUAGCUCUUCAUGAUGGCUUGCAGGAUCAGCUUAUGGUGGACCUUUCAACUCAACAUUCACUUUCCAAGUCAUCGCUUUCGUCAACUAGUUCUAUGGAAAAGGGGAAAGAAAUUUUUGUAGAAGAUGAGAGUACGACACGAUCUAGUUCAAAGCGAAUAAUUGACGCCCCAAAUGUGACACGAAAGCAAGCAUCAAUGAACAAGAGAUUCGUGAACCCAAUUAUGUGCUUUGGUGGAUCUCGCUUGGUUAAAAAUUCAGUUGGUAAACAAUGCACUAAUCAACCGGUUCACUCGGUUGCAUAAGUUAACCUCUAAGAAGCAAUCACCCUAGAGAUGGAUUGGGCAAACGUUGGCUUAGAUAGUUGUACGGCAUAUAACUUUUGGGUUAAAUCACUACUCGUGAUCGAUUGAUUAUGUGUCCUCUAACUGUCAUUCCGAGUUGUGUAGUUAUGUGUUAGAUCUCUUUUCUAGACCAUUUUGCAGUCUGCAAGUUCACUUCUGAGAUGUAUUAGCUUCUAAAUAUAUCGUGUAAUAUAUUUGAUGUUAUAGCUUUGAUCAAUGACAUAAGUGAUGCUUAUAUUGUAAUUCUAGUAACGUAGUGAAUGUAACCCUUCCUCUACUGGAGCAACAAGUCUAGGUUACAAAUAUAUCUGCUAAAAUAAAGUUAGACGUUAAAAUGAAGUUAGGUUUAGUUGGACUAAUUCGUCAAUAAAAAGCAAAAUAUUGUAUCUCAAUGCAGGGUUUAAGUAUAG